UCACGACGGUCUGAAUUGAGGAAAAUGAAUGUUUAAAGAAAGAAUUAUUCGAGAAAGGCUCUCGUAUUGAGGAGCAAAACCCCAAGAUAAGUGAAGUAUUCAACCAAAGCCAAAGGUAUAUGGACCAGAGCAACACGCAUUUGGAAAAGAGAAAUGACUCCCUCAAGUCUUCAGGUGAACAGAAUCAAGUUAAACUACUGCAGGCUGAACAAGACAAGAUUCAAUUAAAGGAAGAACUGGCAUCAGCCACAGCUAAUCUUUCUCAAAUGCAACUAGAGGGUUUGACACAUCAGCAGAAGAUUUUAGAGCUGCAAACUAAACUGAGCACAAGUCUGCUUGACUGUGAACGCCACUCUAAACACAUCAGUGAUCUGGAAUCACAACUCGAAGAGCUGAAGGAAAUAUCAGAAAGAUCCCAGUCUCAGUACCAUGAAGAGAUCCAAAGACGCAAGGAGCUAGAGCUCAAGCUCAAAAACAUGGAGGGGGAAGUUAAUGACCUGAAGACAAAUCAAGAUGGCCUAAAACAAGGGUCACACAGUGCCACUGUUAAGGAGUUACUCAAGAGAAGAGUGGCUGAACUUGAGAUGAAAUUGACUGAGCAAGAAAGUUUAGCAGAUACAGCAACAGAGGUGAAACGUGUGAUGAAUGGUGUAUUUCAUUCUCUACGAGGAGAGUUUGACCUCAGUGAAUCAUACAGUGGACAUACUGUACUUGCUGUGCUUAUAAAAACCAUCAAGAACGUGACUUUGCAGCUCCUCCAUGACAAAGACUCCCCGACAACAAUUAAAAAGGAAGAGUUGGCAGAUCAAGAAGAGGACACAGGUAAAGAUGAUUUGAAACAAGAAGACAAGAAAAUAUGUAACACAUUCCUUGGAAAUGAAGAAUGUGGUGUCAGCAAACCCAAAAGGGAGGCAGUUUGUGAGACAAAGGAUGACCAUCACCACAGAGGUGAGGACCAAAUGUCAGAUGGAGCUGAAGUACAGGCACCAUUAUCCGUUUUAAAGGAACAGUUUGACUUGGAAGCAUUAGAGACCACACACAUGCCAACGUUAGGAUCUCAAAAGAAGCAGGCGCAGGCAGUAGAUGACACCAGUGAGGCUGCAAAUCCAGAGGCUGGACCUCAUGAGACUGUCUUAACUGAGGUCGAACAGGAGCAGAAUGCUGACUUGAGUGAAGUGUCUGAGACAAGAAUGGAAAAUACAGAAACCUCAGGAGAAAUGGAUCCCGACUCUCAGAAAUCUUUUGAACCCCCAGUUAAGCCGCCUCCACCACCAAAUGAAGUUCUGCUCAGUCAGGCUAAAGAAAAAAGUGUGACUGGAAAAUUGCCAAUGGAAAACGGAGAGACCAUUUUCCAGGUCCGAGCCAAUGACAAAUCCACUUCGCAUCCAGUUUUGGAAGAGGAGGAGGAGGUGAGUUUAAAGGGAUGCCCACCACCAGCUCCGCUGUUUGGUGAUAAUAAUGACGAUGAUGACCCUGACUGGCCAAGUUAAAAUGCAAUGAAAAUUCAAGCUAAGCAGAUCAGAGACCAUGCCUGCCUCAUCUAAUGAAUUUGAAAAAAUGACCAAAUCAGAUUCUGAUCUUGAUUUCUUAUAUGAAAUCUGUUUAAGAUAAUGUGGACAUAAAAAGCUUGCAAACCCCAGUUCAAAAGCCCAGUUUUUGUUUUAAAAAAAAUUGAGACAAAGUGUAGGAUCUCAAAACUGUUCCACAAUUAAUGUGACUUAACAUAUGCAACCCCACCUCUUCCAAUCUUGAAGAGAUGGAGAAAAAAUAAACACGAACUAAUGUGUUUACACAAGUGUGAAAACCUGGAAUGCGACUGUGUUCUGAACUGGACUAUCAUAGUCACAAUAAUGUUAAAUAGAAGUAAAGAGACAUAUAC